GGUCGAACGCGUCUCAUCCUCGCGCGACUUAAUCAACCAGAGCCCCAAGCGGACAUCGAGCGUCUAUUUAUGAUGUCCGUGUAAUCAUGUUCACCCCAUCUCCCCGCUCACGAUGACGAUGAGGAGGACGACCUCAGAGUCAUCCAAUGAAGCGUAGACGAGGUGAAUCCUAGUUAUAUACUUCGUUGCGAAGCCCCUGCAGUGGGCAAGACUCUUGACAUAGCACAACCUCUGACCUCGAUGCAUCAUCGAUGAGCAACCAAAAGAGCUCACGUCGCCCCUUGAGCGACGCCCUGGAACCCAUCGCGGCCACCUUGGCGAGCUCGAGCAAUACGCUCAGCAUCGUCAAGGAGGCGCUCAUGACCCCGUUUCAUGGCGAAUCUCGGCGGGCAGAGGGUUUGAGCAAGCUUAACGAUCUCGUCCCGCAUGUCAUCUCCGCCCAAUCCAUGAAGACCUCCCAAGGCGCAUCCCGAGCUCUCGGAUACGGUCAAAACAACUCCCGGCUGGCUAUCAAGGAUAAUGCCAGCUUCACCACUCGUCUAGGACAUUAUACCACCCAUAUCCCUUAUAAACAGCCGGCAGAGACAUCGACCUCGUUGGCCAUCCUCGAGAACGUACCUGCGCUCUUGAACCUCUCGAUCCCGGGAAGCAAUUCCAACCCGAGUUCGUCGUCAUCGGAUAGCAGCCGUCUGCUGGAGAACAGAGCGGGAGAAGGAACGGAGAGCACGGUCUCCCUGAUCAGGGGGUUCAAGGCGACCAUUCCGACUUCGGAGCUCGCUAAACAACGGAGACGUCGAGUUCGUGGAGGCGUAGCGGACGACGACCUCUUGCUCCUCGAUGCUCCUGGCAACAAGAUCGGCUUGAAAAAGCUCGGCGAUCGAGCCCGGGGUUUAUUGACCAACGAGGGCGAAGAACAGACCGAGCUCGAGUUAGAAGAGGAGCGGUCGAGAGCGAGAAAGUCUAGGAGGAGACGGUUGAGGAAGGGCAGAGGAGGCAAGGGGGAGGGAGCGAGAGAGAUGGGGAUCAUGGAAGGUUUGGGGCUGGACGAGCUCACGAGGCAGGUCAAGGAGAUUGCGGUGGACAAGGACAACUUGACCGUGAGAAAGAACCUGAUCGCCGCCGAGAUAGAUAGCGUCACGGUAAAGAUCGACGCUCUCGAGGUGAUCCGACGUCGGCUAGAGGGCAGCAUGAUCAAGAUGCAAGAGGAAGAACUCGAGCUCGAAGACGAACUUGAGGGUGUCAAGGAGGCCAUGACCAACCCAGCCAUCGCUACGACUUCGUCGUCAACAUCGGCACAGGACCACUCGAAACCUUCAUCCGGCACUAAUGCACAAAACUCAUCCUCGCUACCUUCGCGAAGACGACGAGGACCGGCAUUCUUGCCUUCGGAGCACGACGAGCUACCAAAGGACGUGGCAUUCAUGACCCUCUCUUCCCAUCCGGGAGGGAUAACAUCGCUCGACUUUUCCGAACCGUAUGGCGUGGCCGUGACUGCUGGUCAGGAUGACACGGUUCGGGUCUGGGAUCUCUGCGACGGAGAAGAGAUGGGCCUGUUGAGGGGCCAUGAUGGACUCGUCAAGUGCGUCCAGGUUGAGGGAGCCGUGGCAUUGACAGGCGGCAGCGAUGGGGCCGUACGACUAUGGGAAUUGGGUCGGGUCGAAGAAUGGGAAGAGUCUCGACGCGAGGCCGAGGAAAAGCGGAGAAGGGGGCUGGAUGGCCUCUUGGACGCUAGUGCGGACCACAGACUACCCAACGUUCGAGCAGACAUGAUCGACGAGCACACCUCGAGGCAAGGUCGGGACGAGGACGAGGAUCGCGAACUGGCGAACGUCGAAAAGGAUAAACGGCUCGAAGGCGAUCCUUGCCUCCGAGUGCUAGAGGGGCACAGCAAGAGCAUCACCUCGCUAUACUACGAAGACAACUGUCUGGUAACGGGUUCUAACGACAAGACGGUCCGACAGUGGGACGUCAAUACAGGUCAAUGUAUCCUCACCAUGGAUAUCCUGUGGGCCAUCUCGAACCCUCCGGCCAUGACGAUUAACACGAUCAACCCGGCUACGACGCCCGUCUCUUCACCUCGUCGACCGGGAAUCUUGGGUAGAGGGUCGACGUAUAGGAAUUCGAUCUCUUCCCCAUAUGCUGGCGGAGGGGAUUAUGAUCCGUUUGACGAUCCGUUCCUCGCCUCGCCUGGACCGGGGAUGAUGAUGGGUAUGCCAGGGUCCGGGGUUCUGAACGCGACGACGGGGCAGUUUGCCGUACCCACCCCACCGUUUGCCGAUGGGAGCUGGGAAAUGUACCAGGACUUUGUGGGAGGGGUGCAAUUUUGGGGAUAUGCUUUGGCUACUGGAAGCGGGGAUGGAGGGGUUAGGAUGUGGGACAUGCGAACGGGUCAAGCGCACCGAACGCUCAUAGGGCACAUGGGCCCCGUCACGUGCUUGCAAUUCGACGAGUCUUACAUCAUCAGCGGUAGCCUAGACAAGACCAUACGGACAUGGGACCUCCGCACGGGCAGCAUCGUUGACACGCUCAAAUACGACUUCCCUGUUACGGCCGUUCAAUUCGACAGCCGCAAGAUUGUCGCCUGUACGGGUGAGAACGGGGUCGAGGUCUACAACCGAACGUCGGGCGAGCACAAGAAGCUCGUCGUCAACGGACACGUCAAGCCGGUGGAGAGGAUGAGGUUUUGGGACAAGUACCUCGUCAGCGGAGGCAAGGAUGGCGAGAUCAAGGUGUGGUCAUUGUAGAUGUGUAUAUGGGGCGACGAAUGUGCAGAAAUGAUAGGCGCAUCCUCCUUCUUCCCCGGAUCAAGGACACGGUCGUGAUGGGCCCCGUGCUGCCGCGCGCCGGUAUCAUCGUAUUUGCAUCCGCGAGAGAGCGAGUAGCCGGCAAUUGAGCCGGUUACCUUGCCAUUCCCCCCCGCUUGCCCUCCUCCUUCCCAUUGUG